AAGCUUGGUUAGUAGGAGAGGGUGGAACAGGUCGCCCGGCGUGGGAUCUGGCCCGUUACCCCUUCUGUAAGACACGGUCGGCCUGUUAUGGGGAGACCCUUAUAGGCAACGCGAAACGGGAACCUAGUGAGUGUAGGGUGUUGCGCCCCUACACAAUACCUAGACUCCCGCGGGGCGUAGUGCGUAGCAGCCACUGCUGGCUCCGAGGACCUCACCCCUUUACUGGGCUCUGACCCUCGGUGUACCUGGUUGGCAGGCAGGAUCAUGUCCUGGCCGGAGAGACUGCUGCGUGGCUCGAGAGAACGGAUGCGCGUGUCGGUAUAUAUAGAGACGGGACUGUUCGCCUCUGGGGAGGUCUUAGGACAGCACGCCGGUGAUAUAUGCUUAUGGAGCAAACAGGGAUCACUCAGGCAGGAAGGGUUUGGUCCGGCCCUGAAUGUAGAUGCCGUGUAAGGCUGAAAACUGAGGUAGGGGCCUGGAUAGAUCUUUAGGAGACUAGAGAUUAUAGGCACGUUGAACCCUACUACAAGCUGUAUAUAGAUACAAUUAUAUAAUUUCCUGCCC